GGGAUUGGAGCACCAACAGAGUCCCCCCAAUACAUCAGGAGGGGAUGGGAAUUCAUGAUUUCACCACAUGUUUGGGAUGACACCUGUAUACACCUGUGUCCAUGGAGGGGAUUGGAGCACCUGAAUCACAUGAUUGGAGGGGAUUGGAACACCUGAAUCACAUGAUAUGGAGGGGAUUGGAACACCUGAAUCACAUGAUAUGGAGGGGAUUGGAACACCUGAAUCACAUGAUAUGGAGGGGAUUGGAACACCUGAAUCACAUGAUUGGGAGGGGAUUGGACACCUGAAUCAUGAUUGGGAGGGGAUUGGAACACCUGAAUCACAUGAUAUGGAGGGGAUUGGAACACCUGAAUCACAUGAUUGGGAGGGGAUUGGAACACCUGAAUCACAUGAUAUGGAGGGGAUUGGGACACCUGAAUCACAUGAUAUGGGAGGGGAUUGGAACACCUGAAUCACAUGAUUGGGAGGGGAUUGGAACACCUGAAUCACAUGAUAUGGAGGG